AUGGUCGCAGUUAGAGCUUUGAAAGACACCCAAGUUUUCACACCAACCACAGUUGGUGCCCACACUUUCUCCAACAAGAUUGUUUAUGCACCAACUACCAGAAGAAGAGCAUUAGAAAAUAACGUGCCCUCUGAUCUUGCCGCACAAUACUAUGACGACAGAUCAAAGUUUCCAGGAUCGUUAGUGAUUACUGAGGCUACCAUUGCAUCGCCCAGAUUCGGUAUGUAUGAGCGAGUUCCAGGAAUCUACAACGAUGAACAGGUUCAGGCAUGGAAGAAGAUCACCGAUAAGGUGCAUGCAAACGGAUCGUUUGCUUCCAUUCAGCUUUGGAACUUGGGACGUGUGGCCGACCCAAAGUAUACCAAGGCUACUGGGUACCCAUUGGUUGCACCUUCUGCUGUUUACCACAGUGAUGAGGCCAAGAGGGCCGCUGAAGAGGCUGGCAACCCAUUGCGUGAGUUGACUACGCAAGAGGUCGAGGAGUUUGUUCAGGAUUUCAUUAAGGCAGGAAAGAACUCUGUGGCUGCUGGCUUCGACUACGUGGAGGUGCACGGUGCUCAUGGGUACUUGGUAGACCAGUUUUUCAACCCAAGCACCAACCAAAGGACGGACAAGUAUGGUGGGUCUAUUGAGAACCGUGCACGCUUUGCUUUGGAGGUGAUUGAUGGGUUGAUUGCUGCCAUUGGCGCAGAUAAAGUGGCCAUCAGACUUUCGCCAUGGGCCAAAUUCCAGAAUGUUAAAGCCGAGAAUGAGGACGUCAGCCCUGUAGCUCAAUUGGGCUACUUUUUGGGUGAAUUACAGAAGAGAGCCAAAGAAGGGAAGGAGCUUGCCUAUGUGUCCAUUGUGGAGCCAAGAGUGUCGGGUAUUGUCAAUGUGGACGUCUCAGAGCAGUUUGGUGAUAACUCGUUUGUCAGGUCGAUCUGGAAGGGUGUGGUGAUUAAGGCCGGUAACUACACUUACGAUGCUCCUGAGUUCAAGACAGCAUUGGAGGAUAUUUCUGAUGGAAAGACGUUGGUUGCUUUCUCGAGAUUCUUCACUUCCAACCCCGAUUUAGUUCAGAGACUCCAUGAUGGUGUUGACUUGGUGGCUUAUAACAGAGACACCUUUUACAACUCCGACAACUGGGGCUACAACACGUUUAAUGCCUCGGGAUCUAAUAUUGUGUUUGACGAGGCUGUCGAGAGACAGAGAAUUCCACUGCCAAUUCAUUGA